AUGGUUACCCCAUCUGAUGACCAAAAUCAGCAACUGGAUGAAAUCGCUAUUAACCUGGACGAAGAGAUGACAAUAGCGAAUGUAAAUAAUUAUGUGCGGACUUCACAUAUGUCAACGAAAGCAGGAGCCUCGAACGUCACUGAUCCUAGAACGCAUAAGACUGCCAUGGAUUAUACGAUUGCCUGGAUUUGCGCACUCCCUACUGAAAUGGCAGCCGCCAAGGGAAUGUUAGAUGAAGUCCAGGAAAGCUUACAGACUCACCCGGGCGAUGGGAAUAGUUACAUAUUGGGAAGGAUAGGCCUCCACAACAUUGUGAUCACUUGUUUACCACACUACGGAACGACUCCAGCAGCGGUGAUGGUAUCACAAAUGACCCACACCUUCAGGCAUAUACGACUUUUGCUUUUGGUUGGAAUUGGGGGAGGAGCUCCUUCCGGAACAGCCGAUAUUCGACUUGGCGAUGUUGUGGUCAGCUGUCCAACAAAGCGAUGUGGAGGAGUUUUACAACACGAUUUUGGAAAAAUUACUGGAGAAGAGUUCGAGAUGACGGGCAUGUUGAACAAGCCGCCACGAACUGCCCUGAUAUCGAUAGCAAGACUAAGGAUGGAGCACCUUAUGGGAAGGAGCAAUGUCCAUCAAUUUAUUGCAGAAAUGCUUGCAAAGAAUCCUGACAUGAGGAUGACUGGUUUUUUGGAGACCAAUUAUGAGCACGUCCAUUCUGCACCUGCCUGUCAGGAUUGCGACGACAGUAGGGCAGUCAAUCGUUCUCAAAGAGAAACUAACGCCCCAACUAUACAUUAUGGCCUGAUAGCCUCCGGAAAUCAAGUUGUCAAACACGGCGUGAUGCGGGACCGACUGGCUAAGAAACAUGGCAUCCUAUGUUUUGAGAUGGAAGCGGCUGCGUUAAUGGACAACUUUCCAUGCCUGGUUAUCAGAGGGAUCAGUGACUAUGCGGACUCUCAUAAAAAUGAGGAAUGGCAAGGGUAUGCUGCUGCCGCCGCCGCCGGCUAUGCAAAGGAUCUUUUACUGGUCACUUUAGUGUUGUGUCCUGAGCUCUGUCCUGGACAAUUAGACGAAUGCAGUAAAUGA